CUCACUGGGCAUAUAAAGGGACUGGGGAAGAAUCGAUAGGUUGAGAGUGAAAAAGGACACGAGGGUUCUACCCAGUGAGGCUGUUGUACAAAUGGAAUCUUUCUGUGAUACUGACCAGUGGGAUCUUCUUUGGAAGGACUCGUAACGUGGAUUGCGAAACGAAGAAGGAGGUUGGCGAUGAGGGAUUAAAAAGCACUGGUGAAACGCCGUCAUAGCUUGAUCGUCGACUGGAGAAACCUCGACUGACGCAGCUUCUUGAGGAAUUGUACCUGAAUGCAGCCAAUGGUUCCUGUGACAAAUAUGAACUCGACGAGCGAAGCACCGACGUUGACAAUCACGUCAACGGCCAUAACGUCGGACAUCAAUCACAUUGGAACAGGUCACUCAGACGACGAAGACGAAGAUGAGGAAAUGCCAACGUCUCCUGACUCCUCCAAUGCAUAUGAAGAAGAUUCUGACAUGAUGGCCAACGCUGUCACAAGUGACGAGGUGACUGCCCAACUGGCGGCAGCAGGUCCAGUUGGAAUGGCAGCAGCAGCUGCAAUUGCUUCAGCUAAAAAAAGGAAAAGACCACAUUACUUUGAGACUAACCCUUCUAUUCGCAAGCGCCAACAGACUCGACUGAUAAAGAGGUUGCGGCAAACCUUGGAUGAAUUCACAACUCGAGUGGGACAGCAGGCUUGUGUUGUUGUUGCUACACCAGGAAAGCCUGCUCAGUGCAAUUUCAAGAUCUUUGGAGCUAAGCCUCUGGAAGAUGUGUUGCGAGGGCUGUCAAGUGUGAUCAUGCAUGACUUGGAAGUGGCCCUGCAACAGCAGGCUCCACCUCCACCCCAAGAGGACCCCUCAAGACAUGAGCUUCCUCCUCUUGUCAUUGAGGGCAUCCCUACCCCUGUAGAGAAAAUGACACAGGCCCAGCUUCGGGCCUUCAUCCCCCUCAUGCUCAAGUUUUCCACUGGGCGAGGAAAGCCAGGAUGGGGCAAAGAAACUACCAAACCACCCUGGUGGCCCAAGGAUCUCCCUUGGGCCAACGUCCGCAUGGAUGCUCGCACUGAAGAGCAGAAACAGAAGGUCUCAUGGACACAUGCCCUGCGGCAAAUAGUCAUCAAUUGCUACAAAUACCAUGGGAGAGAAGAUCUGUUGCCAUCCUUCAAUGAAGAAGAAGAUGCAAAAUCUCAUGUCCCACCAACAAAGCAGCCCAAAGUCUCACGUAGUAUAUCUAGUGGCCAUGUAACUGGGACAGUUCAGCCAGCUCGCAUGACAGUUCAGGAUGCAUCUGGAGUGCAUUACACAUCAACAGUAGUACAAACCAUUAGCAACCCAGAUGGAACACUAUCUAUAAUCCAGGUGGACCCAAACAAUCCCAUCAUCACCCUUCCAGAUGGAACCACAGCUCAGGUCCAAGGAGUCACCACUGACAUUGAUAGUGGGAAAUGUUUCUUAAAGAUCCCAACAUCAGAAGGGAUAACUAUUGAGCCCGGUGAGGGAGGCAUUGCAAGUGCAGGCACAGUUACCUUAUCCACAGCUGAGGCCACCAUCAACCAGGAUGGCCAAAUCAUCCUCACAGGAGAAGAUGGGCAAACAUUUCCAGUGGUGUCGGGUAUGAUCACAGUCCCAGUCCCGGUGUCUAUGUAUCAGACAGUAGUCGCCAAUAUGCAGUCUGGUCAGAUGGUGAGUCCAUUUGUGACGUUCCCCAAAGUGGAGCCAAAUUCAGACAGUAUGGAUGGUGGGGAUCCAGUGAUCAUACGUGUGACUGGAAGCAGCCAGGCCUCACCUGGUGAAAGUCGAGGAAGUGAGGAUCUAACGGGAAGCAUGGAGGCACAGAUGGAUACCUCUAUGGACAUGCGGCCAUCCAAGCACACGCUUGGCUCCAAGGAACCAGAAAUUACUAUCACACGCACACCAUCAUCAGCAGCCAGUGUUCUCCAGAUCAUGCCAGUAGAUGCAGUGGAAGAGGAGGAUGAUGAAGAGGGAGGAGGUGGUUCUGGUGAAGGAGUAACAACUAUAACUGUGGUGACCAGCACCUCCACCCCCCAUACGUCAUCAUCUGCUGCCCCCACAUUGUCUGCCACCACUCCUUCCUCAUCCUCCACGUAGCCCUGCUCCUGUGUUCUCCCGCAUCUUAUUCUAGUGGUUUGCCAGUCUUGUCAAGUGCAUGUUUAUUGUAUCAUUCGUUAUCUGCCAUACAUUUCACCAUAAUUAUUGUAAUUAUUGUGUUGGUUUUGAGCCCUCUGUGUCUAACCUCAACGGUCACUUCAGUGUUGACUUUGUUCUAGCUGUCUGAUGGUCUUGUAGGUCUGCAAGAGAAAGGGGAUAUUGUUUUGAAGUGCCAGGGAGAAACAAAGAAAACAAAUAUGGUCAGCACAAAAGGUGUAACAGAGUUCUCAGAAAAUUUUUUUAUCAUGAGGGUAUUUUUCAAAUGGUCUUAUCAUCCAGCUCCUCAAGUUCAUGUGUUGUAUUGUCCUCUAUAUUUGCAUCAGGUCACCAUAUACCAAAGAGUAGAAAUGGGAAUCUUUUUUGUUUGGUUUGACGACUGCUUAUUCCUCCAAGCCUCUCCACUUCUUGAUGAAUGUCAAUGCAAAGACAUCACAGUCUUAUAAUAAGGAUAAAAAAGUGUGGAUGGAAUAAAUUCAGGUUAUUCUGUAUAUAUUUGCUUCCUCUGACAACAAAGUCAUAACCUGUGUACGUGUGUAAUUUAUUCAGUGUUCAUGGAGGUAUAGAAGUGAUGCUAUAGCUCCUGAACCUUCCUUGUAUUAGAGGAACACUUUAAUUAAAUAUGUUUGAGGAGUCUGAGGGAAGUGUGAAGUCCAAACAAAUUCUUUGGACAAGUGCAAUCUUGAUUUUUUUCCCUCCUCCCGUCUACAUGGAGUCUGUGAUUUUUUUAUUCAGUUUUUGUCUCCUAGAUCUUAGGAACAUUGUGUUUGAUUGUGAGGUUCACAAAGUUAGGCAAGAAUUGUUUUUUUUUUUUUUGAUUGAUGGUAGCUGAAUAGUGUGGCAUUUGAAGAGUUGUUGGUCAUGUCACUGAUGAAGUGUCAAUGUCUCGUAUGAUGUCUCUCGAUCGGUUUCCUUUUUUGUUGCAUCAACCACGUUUUCUAAAUAUAUGAGAUUUUGUCC